AUGACUCUCGACGCCUUCACCCCUCGCGAGGUGAUUGAACUCGUCGCGCGCGCUGGCGUGGACAAGGGUAACAUGCGCCUUGAUAAGGUGUUCAUGAGCUCCGUAUCUGCUGGCUGUCUACUUGCCUUUGCGUGUGGAACUGCUCUCAGCACUAAUGCGACGCCAUGGUUCCAAGACAAUGCCGCGGGUCUGAUGCGCACUAUCGCCGCUUUGGUCUUCCCCUACGGCCUGUGCAUGAUUAUCUUGACUGGCGCAGACCUUUGCACCGGCUCCUUCAUGUAUACCACUGUCGCUGUUCUACAACGACGUCUGCCCUGGUGGAAGGGAUUGAUCCACUGGGCAGUGACUUUUCUAGGAAACCUCGCUGGGUCUCUAUUUGUCGCUUGCAUUGUCUUCGGCUACGGCGGUGUUUUUUCCGACUCGACCUUCAAAUCCGCUGUUCAAACCUUCGCCACAAAAAAACAGGUCAUCCCCGAUUUCCAUAUGAUCUUCCUACGCGGCAUUGGCUGCAACUGGCUGGUCUGUCUGGCAUGUUUCUUUGGUAUGCAGGGCCGCGACCUGGCGUCGAAAGUCAUUGGUAUCUGGUGGCCUACUUUUGCCUUUGUUUCGCUGGGGUUUGAUCACGUUGUCGCUAAUAUGACAUUUAUCCCGCUGGCUAUUUGGGUUGGAACCCCUGGUAUCACGACGGGUUUGUAUAUCUGGAAAGGCAUUAUCCCUACUCUUCUCGGGAAUAUCCUUGGCGGUGGGCUAUUUGUUGGAACCUACUACUGGUACAUGUACCUUUUAGACUUGAAUACUCUUCCAAUCUAUGGAUUGAGAAAGUCAGGGGUCGCCACACCACAGUCUGAGCCUAUCGCCACAAAAAGAGACGAUAUUGAAGCAUCGGCUGGAGCCUUGGACGAUUCGGUUACUCCCAGGGUGAGCGGUUAA